AUGUCUGUAGUACAAGGAACAAUCCAUCAAGCGCAAAUGGCGGCUGGAGAAGCUCCAUCGAAAGAUUCAAGGCCCAAGAAAGGGUAUGUUUAUCAUGAUUUCGCCAAAAUAUCAGAAGAGUUCCAUGAUUAUGAUAAGAACGAGGUGAAUCCCUAUGAUCACGACCAUCUAUUGCAAGUAUUCGACGAAUCAACGGCAAUGGCUGCAGAUCAAGCACUGCAACAAGCAAGUACAGCAAGCUUCUCGAGCCUUCCACAGCCAGUGCAACAGGCUCCUGGCAUAGUGCGAGCUCAGCGAUUUCCAGUAAAGCUAUACGCUUUGUUGAGUCAACCUCGGCUAUCCCACAUCAUUACAUGGUUACCCCAUGGUCGUUCCUGGAGGGUGCUCGACACCAGGGCUUUUGAAACCUCCGUGUUGCCUGUCUUCUUUGAAUCGGAUAACUAUCACUCUUUCAACCGAGUCAUCAAUGCUUGGAGCUUUCGCCGCAGGUCGACUGGCCCCGACAAGGGCUCGUAUUUUCAUGAACUAUUUCUCCGAGGCAAGCCACAUCUUCAUCAGUACAUAAGACGGAUACCACGAUCGCAUAAAAAGCUUGCCAUGACGAAAAAGGACGAACCGGAUUUCUAUGCUCUUGAGAUAAGCAGUCCUUUACCUACCCUCGAGGAAGAAGGAGCUGCGCGAGAUCUCCGAAGCUUGAAUCAUGCAAAACCACAAUUUGAACGAAACCAGCUGAAGGCGGAAGCUCGCACUAAACGAUUGGUUUCUCAUCAGUCGGCCUAG